AUGGUGGCAACGUUCAAGAUCGCCGUGCUGGGAGCCCAGGGCGUGGGCAAGAGUGCCAUAGUCAGGCAGUUCCUCUACAACGAGUUCAGCGAGGUCUGUGUGCCCACCACGGCCCGCCGCGUCUACCUGCCCGCUGUCGUCAUGAACGGCCACGUCCACGACCUGCAGAUCAUGGACUUCCCCCCCAUCACCGCCUUCCCCGUCAACACCCUGCAGGAGUGGGCGGACGUGUGUUGCAGGGGGCUCCGGAGCGUCCAUGCCUACAUCCUGGUCUAUGACAUCUGUUGCUUUGACAGCUUCGAGUACAUCAAAACCAUCCGCCAGCAGAUCCUGGAAACGAGGGUCAUCGGCACUUCGGAGACGCCCAUCAUCAUCGUGGGCAACAAGCGGGACCUGCAGCGGGGCCGGGUGAUCCCGCGCUGGAACGUCUCCAACCUGGUGAAGAAGACGUGGAAGUGCGGCUACAUCGAGUGCUCGGCCAAGUACAACUGGCACAUCCUGCUGCUCUUCAGCGAGCUCCUGAAGAGCGUGGGCUGCGCCCGCU